GACUUAUUUGCAUCCGUUUGUGAUAUUCCUUUGAACACAUUGCUGAGAUAUUUUCGGUUAUUUUGGUCCUUCCAAGUAGUAUUGCUGCAUUUUCCUUAAUACUCUCAACAUGUUAGCUAAUUCCAGCCUCAUCUCCUCUAACUUCUCUUCCUUACUAUUUCUUAGAAAUCAGAAAGUUGCCACUAGAAUUUCAUUUCCAAACAGUGCAAAAAUCAAGAAUCCACCCAAGACUCAGCUUUUCAACAACUCAAUCUCAGGAUUUGGGGAAAAGGGUCGUCUUUAUGUAUGUCAUAGUUCACUAAACCUUCAAAAUCAAGAAGACCCAUCAAUGGAAAAAGAUGUAGAUGGUACUACAGAGGAGGAUGAGCUUGUUGGUGGAAACAAUAAUGGAGACCAAUGGGAUUGGACGACGUCGUUUGUGCUGUUUGGCUUGUGGUCUGGACUCAUGUACUAUGUUUUCUUCCUUGCUCCUAACCAGACACCGUUGACAGACAUGUAUUUCUUAAAAAAACUCCUUAAUUUGAAAGGAGAUGAUGGCUUCCAGAUGAAUGAAGUGCUAGUGGGACUUUGGUACAUCAUGGGUUUGUGGCCAUUAGUUUACAGUAUGCUGCUCCUUCCUACCGCUAGAAGUUCAAAAGGCAGCAUUCCCGUUUGGCCUUUUCUUGUACUUUCAUGCUUUGGUGGUGCAUAUGUUCUCAUUCCUUAUUUUGCUCUCUGGAAACCACCACCUCCACCUGUUGAAGAAACUGAGCUUCAAAGGUUGCCUCUGAAUUUGCUCGAAUCAAAGCUAACUGCAGGGAUCACAAUGGCUGCAGGGCUAGGGAUAAUAUUCUAUGCAGGUUUAUCAAAUGGAGAUGUCUGGAAGGAAUUUUACCAAUAUUUCAGAGAGAGCAGAUUCAUCCAUGUGAUGUCGAUUGAUUUCAGUUUACUGUCAGCAUUUGCACCCUUCUGGAUUUACAAUGACAUGACUGCUCGAAAGUGGUAUGACAAAGGAUCUUGGCUUCUUCCUUUGUCGGUGAUACCUUUUUUGGGUCCAUCAUUAUACCUUCUCCUACGCCCAUCUAUUCCAACAGUACCAACCUUAUCAAGCCCAACUUCGACUGAAGAAAAAUGAUGCAAAUCUCUUACAUCAGGAUUCUAAUAUCAUGGUACAUUGAGCAAAAAUAACCGACCGGUGAAACAAAUCUAAACAAGUAGUGCACAAACUCUUCUCUGCUGUCUGUGAUGUACACUCUCAGAGCACAAGCAACAACAAAAACAGGUCAUCAGCUGCUCUGUAGAGCAUAGUUCAGCAUUUAUGCUGCAAAUACCAAAACUUGUUGAUCGUCUUCUCUUCUUCAUUCUUUUUUUUCCGCCCUUGCUUUAUUUAAACUUUCACACGAUGUAUUCUUAAGAUGAUAAUUUCCAAUUUCAACUGUACUGUAGUUAUUCACAACACCCUCGUAUAUUGGAUAGAUAUAAUAAAUAGAGAGAUUAACUUCCUCUAUUCUUUCAUAUCUAUAUAUAUACUACUUUGAG